AUGGAUCCUUCAACAAAUGCCACAAUGAACGACGGUUCCUUCCUCGUCCCGCCAACCCGGUUUCUUUUCCAACCUGCCCAUCGCCCAAAACUCCAUAUCGGCACCCUAGUCAGUCCCGGUCGCCGCGGCCUUCUCGAACUCGCACAACGCGAUCUCCUCACCUGCGCAAGCGACGAAACAACGUGUUCGCAAGGAAGCUGGUGUUGCGGAAACGGAUCAACGUGCUCGCUUGAUAACGGCGCCUUCUUCUGUUGCGCUCCGGGGGCUGGCCAGGAUGGGUGUGCAAGGGUUUGCGCUGCUGGUGAUUUCCAAUGUGGAAAUGUUUGCUGCGCUGACGGGCAAACAUGCAUGGGAGCCGGAUCUGGCUCCCCCUAUUGUGUCAAUCCCAGCAUCACAGGGAACACCUUAAUGCCGAGCAGCAUUCCUGUUCCGACGACUACGACAACGACGGCUUUUAUCAGUUCGACGGUUGCACAAACAACCCCGACAAUGACUUCGUCCACCACUUCGCUCAUUACUUCGAUAUCAUCUGCCACAGGAAUCGCUAUUCCGUCUUCUCCCUCAAGUUUUACAUCAGAAACCGCAAAGCCCAUAUCUUCCAGCAUGAGCUCCUCUUCACAACCAGCUGCUGCACCCACAUCAGACUCCUCCUCCCGGGAAGGCGGGGAAGGUGGAAUACCCAUGGCCGCCCAAGUCUCCAUCGGGGUCAUCGUCCCCGUAGUCUGCAUCAUCCUCGUCUUCGGUCUCUGGAUGGUCCUCUUCCGGCGCUCCAAGUCGCGACGCCUCACAAUGGCUCUGGGAAACGGUGACGUUCCGCACGGCUUUUACGUCGUAGGUGGUUCUCCAGGCUCCUCCGGGGACCGCCCAACAAGCUCCUACCCCUCUAUACUACCACCGGCCUACACCAAAUCUGCCACCACGCUCAUCUCGACGGUUCCCGCGGCCUCGUCGGCUGCUACUUCGGUGUUUGGUAACGAGUCGCUUUCACCGGACCAGGGACUGGAGAUGUCGAAUUUGAGCGUGCCGUCGUUGUCGCCGUCGCCGGUGUUACCGCCCCUGGAUCAGAGGUUGAGUGUCAUGGAUGUGCGGCUGUCGGUGGCGAGCACGACGGUUGGGACGCCUGAGCAUCAUAAUGAUAAUCAUCAGGCUGCUGGAUUUGGAAAUGGGCUGCCGGAUGCGGAUGUGGAUGAUGUGCACCCCGGGACGCCAGUGGACUUGUCCAGAAUGACGGUGCGUUAUCCGCGGAGCACGGUCGAUCAGAAUGUGGUGCAUCCGGGGACGGCUCUGUAG